GGGUGUUAAGAAAGCUUCGAGGGUUUGUCUGUUUUCAUCAUGCUGCUUGUAUGACUGCGAGGGUUGCUCCGUUCGGUUGAUCGCUGUUCGCGGUUCGCGGUUCUCGCGCUUCUCGCGCUUCUCGCGCUCGCUGCUCCUCUCUCUGCUUAACGGCUGUGCCGUACACCCUCGUGCGACUUUACUGUGAAGUAACAGCAAUCCUCUGGCGCACUUAGAGGACAUGGCAGCCGCGACCGUGGCUGAGGCGGACCCAGCAGAGACCGAUGGAGCUGCCGCCGCCGCCUUCACAGAUCUUCGCGACACAGGCUGGAAUGAGUCGCAGCUUCGACAGUAUACUUUUCCAACACGACAGAUACCGCGAUUAUCCCAUACAGAUCCGCGUGCCGAGGUCCUCAUCAAUAACGAGGAGCCUGUUGUAUUAACAGACACCAAUUUAGUAUAUCCAGCUCUAAAAUGGGACAUACCCUACUUGCAAGAGAACAUUGGAAAUGGGGACUUCUCUGUUUACAUAGCAGAAAAUCACAAAUUCUUGUAUUAUGACGAGAAGAAAAUGGCAAACUUUCAGGACUUUGUACCCAAAUCUCGUCGAAUAGAGAUGAAAUUUUCUGAGUUUGUGGACAAGAUGCAUCAAACAGAGAAACAAGGUGGAAAAGAAAGAGUGUACUUGCAACAAACUCUGAAUGAUACAGUCGGCCGAAAAAUAGUGGUGGAUUUCCUUGGAUUCAAUUGGAACUGGAUUAACAAACAGCAAGCUAAACGAAACUGGGGACCGCUGACCUCAAAUUUGCUGCUCAUAGGCAUGGAAGGCAAUGUGACACCAGCACACUAUGAUGAGCAGCAGAAUUUCUUUGCACAAAUCAAAGGACAUAAGAGAUGCAUCCUCUUUCCUCCAGACCAGUUUGACUGCCUCUAUCCUUACCCAGUUCAUCACCCAUGUGACCGACAGAGUCAGGUCGAUUUUGAAAAUCCAGAUUAUGACAAGUUUCCUAAUUUCACAAAUGCUGUUGGAUAUGAGGCUGUUGUGGGACCAGGUGAUGUCUUAUACAUCCCAAUGUACUGGUGGCAUCACAUUGAGUCCCUGUUGAAUGGAGGAGUGACCCUCACAGUAAACUUCUGGUACAAGGGGGCACCCACUCCAAAGAGGAUAGAGUACCCUUUGAAAGCUCAUCAGAAGGUGGCCAUAAUGAGGAACAUAGAGAAGAUGUUGGGAGAGGCCUUGAGGGACCCGCAUGAGGUUGGUCCGUUGCUGAACAUGAUGAUCAAGGGCAGAUAUGAUCAUGGACUGAGUUAAAGGCCACUCUUUAGUGUGCUGCUAAGGUCUGUUUAUAUGUGUGUGUGGAUAUGAGUAUAUGCUUGUGUGUACAUUCAGGCUGUUGAAAGAGGCUGUUGCCAGUGCAUGGCAGUAAUUUUGGAAGUAU